CAUAAGGUUUUGGUAUGAACCGAAGUAUAACUUCAAGAUAAAGUUGCAAAGGUAUUGAAGUGAAGCAAAGUGAAAGAAAAAGCAGGGACGACAGCAACCAGCAACUAAGAUGAAGAAAACUGGUUGUCUUCUUCUCGUCCUAUGCUUGGCAUUGUUUACUACAGCAAAAUUGCAUCAUAAGAAAAUAGGUCAUAAACACAGGCAUAAAGUGAAACGUCAAACGAAUUCUUACGAAAACUACCUUGCAUCGACGCCACAAGAUAGUUCAGUUUCUGGACAAUAUGAUCAGAAUAACAGUCCAGCUGCUGCUGGGACUGACGAGAGUCAGCCAGCUUGGUGUCAGGAUGAUAUUCAGUGCGCCAACUUUCAUAAAUCUGAUUGCAAAACUGAUCCUUGGGUGAUGAUCAACUGCGCACGAAAAUGUAAUCUUUGUAUGAAAAAUGCCGAUGAGAGUACUUCAAAAAAUGCUGGUUCCGCGAGCCAAACAACCGAUACUCAGCAAAAAACUACAAGUGAAUAUGCUGCUCAAGCUGAUGGAGGUGCAAGCCAAACAAAGCAAAGCAAUGUCGAGCCAACCGCUCAGAGUGCUUCCACUACUCAAAGUGCUUCCACCGCAAAAAGUUCUUCACCUGUUCAAAGUGCUUCCACCGCCGCUCAGACGACGUCCACGGCUGAUCAGUCAGAUGCCGUUUCAAGCCAGUCAAAUGCUGGACCAAAACAAACCACUACUCCUUCUAGCCAAUUAGAUGCAGAGAAAACCCAGUCGAGUGCUCAGUCGAGCCAAUCCAAUGCUUACGAAACUCAAGCAAGUAGUAGUGCAAACCAGCAGGACAGUGCCAACAACCCAAAUCCAAGUCAACCCUACGCUGACCAGAGACAGACAACGGCUAAACCUGAACAAACGUCAACACCAUCUACGAAUCCGACAUUAAACAAAGAUAGCACGGCUUCUCAACAACCCUCUGCAGCAAGCACAACUUCAACUCAAACCCAGGCAACAAAUCCAGACAGCUCGACAUUUUCCGAUGAACUCCAAGCCGCCAAAGAGCCAAGUGCCGAAUCAACAAGCACAACUCCAGCCAACGUUCCAGCAAAUCCAUCGAGCUCCACUAAUAACCCUGCUUCUCAAAACACAGCUCAAAACGACCAGUCGGCAUACUCACAGGGAGACUCUAAACAAACAACCGCCAGCCCUAGCGGCAGCUCAACGACUACAACCACUACCCAGACGGACGCUGCACCAGCGAACGCGUAUUCUGCUGACAGCUCAAAGCAAACUACUGAAAACCCAUCGGCCACAACAACCUCGACACAAAUUGGUGCAGCACAAGCUGAUCAAACGAAGACGAAAAGUGGCAGCUCAACCACUACCCAGACGGACGCUAUACCAGCGAACGCGUAUUCUGCUGACAGCUCAAAGCAAACUACUGAAAACCCAUCGGCCACAACAACCUCGACACAGACUGUUGCAGCACAAGCUGAUCAAACGAAGACGAAAACUGACAGCUCUCAACAAACUACAGCCAGCUCAAGUCAGAGUGAAAGCCCGGCUACUACAACACCUGCAAGUCAAGUGAACACAGCUGAAACCUCGAUGCAAGGAGAAGCAACAAACAUCAAGGAGUCCAAAUAUGCAUCGUAUUCCCAAACGUCUCCAGAGAAUCCAGCUUCAACUGACACAUCUCUGUAUAAUACUCAAUCUGAUAGACGAACGUCUGAGAAUAAGCCAACAGAUAAUCCACAGACGACAACAGCAGCAUCUUCAGGCAAAAGUUCCGAUACAAAUGACUCCCCAUAUUUCACAUCGUCAAAUGACCAGACUCAAAAUUCGGAUACUACGCCAAAACCAGACUCCCAGACAACCACUGAUAACAAGUUGCGUUAUAGCUACACGAUGCAGAUUGAAGAUCUCCCAGAAUCCCAACAAGAUAACGAUAACAAAGAUAAGGCCAAACAGGGUGAAAAACCUCUUCUUAAUGAAGAAGAUAUCAAUAUUACCUUGCCAAAUGCUAAGAAGUCGAAAGACAAGGAAAGCGAUUGGUGCAAAGAUGAAGAGAAAUGUUCAACGACGAAUGAAACAGAUUGUACUAAAGAUUGGAUGCAAUUGAAUUGCCCGAAGAGAUGUGGAAUAUGUGGAGGUGCCUCUGAAAAAAGCUCUUCUGAACCUGAUCAAAAUGGCGCCAGCAUAGUUGAACCAAAAGAGGCAAAGCACAAGGGUUCUCUUGAGGAUAUUCGGAUCACUUUGCCGUCCACAAUGGUUGCUGGUGAAGAUUGCAAAGAUCACGUGGAGUGCAUUGAAUAUCCAGUUUCAUCUUGUAAUAACGGCUGGAUGAAGCAAAACUGUCGAAGAAAAUGUGCUCUUUGUGGAGCUAAAACUAAGAAAUUACCACAAACAAAGACGGAGGAAUACACUUUAGGCAAUACGGGCGAAUCUGAAGUGUGUUAUUAUGAUGGUAUCCCACACGAGCACGGUAGCAAGUGGUCACCAGGGCCCUGUACUCCUGAAUGCGCAUGUCAAAAUGGUAAUGUUCGCUGCACAGUCAUUCAAUGUCCAAAGCUGACGUGCAGUAAACAAACGAAGAAAAGGUGGAGCUGUUGUCCGGAGUGCACAAAUGGAGAUGAGAAUUGCGUAAAAGCAAUCAAUGCAAAAACCAAGAAAUCUUCGUGUUGCGUGUUGCCGUUCAUUUACAAAGGAGUUCAAUAUGAAACUUGUACAGCGGAGAAUCAUAACCAACCUUGGUGUUCUUUGAGCGAAAAUUUUGAUCUUGACGGAAAGUGGGGGGAUUGCAUCGAACCGAAGCCAAUCACAACGAAGAUCGUACAUUACGUCACCAAGAAGCCUAAAAAGCAUCCGCACAAACAUCGCAAGAAGCAUUAUUAUUCCAAAACACACGGCAAGAACAAGAAGCACGAAAAAGCCUUCUUCAAAAUAGGACAGGACACACAAAAUGCUUAUCAAGAAGAUUCUCAUGUUGUUUCCAUGCCGUUUGCAAACGCGAGCAAAUCACAGGAAGAAAUCGAGGCUGAAGAAGAAGAGAUUUUGAGAAAAUAUGGAAAUCAGGAAUCCGAAGAGGAAAACGACGAAGAACCUGAAGCGUUGGAUGGUGGUUAUGCGGAAUGGUCAUCAUGGAGCAAGUGUCUUACGCCAUGCGGCGGUGGGGUGCAGGAAAGAUUCAGGAAAUGCGAUCGUCCUCCUCCUGCCUUCGGUGGUUUGGAUUGCCGCCAUAUUGGACCGGCACUUGAGUCACGUGAAUGCAAUAAUAUCCCAUGCCCUGUACAUGGUGGUUUUAGCAGCUGGAGUCCCUGGGUUGAGUGUAGCACAAGCUGUGGCGGGGGAGUCACGACUAGAUCACGUCUUUGCGAUAAUCCAUCACCAAGAUAUGGCGGAAAUGAUUGCAGCGAAGGAAAACAGGGAGCGUCUGUCGAAUCAAAAACAUGCAAUAGCUUCCAAUGCGAAGGUGCAGAUUUGUUCACUCAGUGGUCUGAAUGGACCGAGUGUAACAAGGAAUGCGGCGGUGGCGUCAGCUUUAGGAAACGUACUUGUACCAGUCCCCUGCCUGGUGGUAACGGUCAAGAUUGCAGCUUACGCGGAUCAGUAUCACAGACAAAAGCAUGUAACAUGGAGCCAUGUUCUGUCAAUGGAGGAUACACACAGUGGACUGAGUGGUCCACGUGUUCCCGGAGUUGUGGCCCUGGUAUUACUUCCCGGCAUAGAACGUGCACACAACCAGUACCUUCCGCAGAUGGUAAGGAUUGUUCGGUCAUUGGAGAAUCUUUCCAACAGAAAGUGUGCUACCUAAACAAUUGCAAAGCCUCAGGAAGAUGGACUAACUGGACGAAUUGGAACAAAUGCACCUUACCAUGUGGGGGUGGUAUUCAGACUCGCACCAGGAAAUGUAUUGAAAAACCGUGCGAAGGAAAUGCUCAUCAGAGUCAACUAUGCAAUGCAUAUCAUUGUCCAAUUAACGGCCAUUUUACGGAUUGGUCAGCAUGGUCAGCUUGCUCUAAGUCUUGUGGUGAUGGCCAGUCGACACGAACCAGAAAAUGCGAAAAUCCUUCACCGAAAUUCGGCGGGAAAACCUGCACCGCUCAAGGACUAGGUCCCAGUAAAGAGAAGCAAAAGUGCAACGUCAAAGAUUGUCAAAUAUCACGUGACGGUGGCUACAGCCAAUGGAGCGCGUGGACUGAGUGUUCAAUGACGUGCGGAACUGGAGCAAUGUCGCGAUAUCGAGCCUGUGAUAACCCACGUCAAGCGGGAGCCGGAAAAGAUUGUACAAGGCUUGGUGUUGGCGCACAAAGUGUACCUUGCUUCCUCAAGGAAUGCCCAAUAAAUGGCAAUUACAGUGAGUGGUCAGGCUGGUCAGCGUGUUCGGCGUCGUGCGGCGACGGUUCCCGAUCUCGCACGCGAAGUUGUACAAACCCUGAGCCGAUGACGGGCGGUAAGAGCUGUGCAGAGAUUGGGGAUGAUAUUGAGAGUGAGACUUGUUACCAAGGACCUUGCCCUGUGACGGCGAAGCUCGGUGAGUGGUCUGCUUGGGAAAGUUGUUCAAAGACCUGUGGUUACGGUAUACGACAGCGCAAGCGCAGAUGUCUUGGCUCAAAUGAGUUUGGGGAGUCAUAUUGUAAUGAUGAUGGACUGGGGUUGUCUCAGCAGGCAGAGCGAUGCUUUGAACGAUCUUGUCCAGUUGAUGGGAAUUUCGGGCCGUGGUCCGCUUGGUCAGUGUGCACUGCGACGUGCGGCGGAGGUGCCAUGAGUCGUUUCCGAAACUGCUCCGAUCCUAUUCCGAUGCAUGGCGGGAAAGGAUGUGAGAGAAUUGGCGCUGCAUUUGAAAUCAAGUCAUGUAGUGAUAGCUAUUGCCCAGUUGAUGGUGGUUAUUCGAUGUGGUCCGAGUUUGGACCUUGCUCUCGAACUUGUGGUACUGGUUACCAGACGCGAAAGCGGACUUGCACCAGUCCCUCCCCGGAACACGGCGGCCGGGAUUGUAACCAGUUUGGCUCGACUCAAGACGUUCAAGAAUGUGCAACCGAUCCUUGCCCCAUCAGUGGAAACUUCAGUGCCUGGUCGGAAUGGGCAAACUGUUCAAAACCAUGUGGUAAUGGUGUGAUGGUGAGAUCAAGAUCCUGUAAUAAUCCAACACCAAGUUUUGCUGGCCAAGAUUGUACUUCAUUGGGACCUCAAAUUGAACAGAAGAACUGUAUUCGCGAGUCCUGCCCUGAACGAUGUUCCUGCGGUGGGUGGACCAGCUGGUCAGAAUGCACGCAAUCUUGCGGGGGUGGUUUCCAGACACGUAAACGACAAUGUACCCCUCCUAAAUCUGGGGUCGAAUCUUGCAGUAACGAAGAACAGGAGACACAGCUCUGCAAUUUGAACGUUUGCCCAGUGGAUGGUGGUUAUAGUAAAUGGAGUGAAUGGACGAAUUGUAUAGGAGAUUGCGAGCAUGGAUACAAAUCCCGAUCACGAGAGUGCAAUAACCCGACACCAGCUUUCGGUGGUCGGCCUUGUCAGGAAGCUGGCCUUGGAGAAUCUUAUGAAAGCACCAGUUGCCUCAAGAAUCCUUGUGCAGUAAACGGCAAGUACAGUUCAUGGUCACCAUGGAGCGCGUGUUCAUCUACGUGUGGACUGGGACAGAAGAAACGAACUCGGACAUGUAAUAAUCCGAGCCCUGCAUUCGGGGGACUGGAUUGUAGUCGUUAUGGUGCUUAUGAACAAGCCAUGGACUGCUUUGUGGCUGAUUGUCCAGUCAAUGGUGGUUUCUCUCCCUGGUCAGAGUGGAGUGAAUGCUCCAAGUCAUGUGGUUGGGGAUAUCAAUCACGUGAACGUGAGUGCAACGCACCUGAGCCAUCACGUGGUGGAAAAGAUUGUACAGCAUUUGGUGAUUCCAAUGAACUACAAGCUUGUAUGAUUGUUGAUUGUCCAGUCGAUGGCAAGUUUACUGAAUGGGGAGCUUGGGGCGAGUGUUCUAAGACCUGUGGCGAAGGACGUAAGAGACGUAAGAGAUUCUGCACUGCUCCUAAACCUGACUUCGGGGGUAAAACAUGUGCAGAACAAAAACUUGGUGACACAGCAGAAAUGGCGAGCUGUGAUCUUGGUCCUUGUCCUGACGCUGGAGGUUGGGGCGAUUGGUCAGCGUGGUCAUAUUGUUCAGCUACUUGUGGUCGUGGUAAGAUGGAAAGAUCACGUCAAUGUGAUGCUCCAGAACCUGUCGGUGGAGGAAGGCCCUGCGUGGGACUGUUGACCCAACAGAAAGACUGUACUUUGCGAGAUUGUCCAGUAAAUGGCAACUACACAAACUGGGGUAAAUGGACUGACUGUGAUGCUAAAUGUGGCGAUGGGUUUAAGACCCGAUGGCGGUCAUGUUCAAAUCCUGUUGCCACUGGUGGAGGCCAGGAUUGCGCUGAGUAUGGGCCAGACUCAGAAUCCAAAGUUUGCUUCAAGAAACCAUGUAAAGUGGACGGUUCUUGGGGUCAGUGGUCUCAGUGGUCAAUGUGUAGCAAAACAUGUGGUGAUGGGGCGCAGGUCCGCAGCCGGGUAUGUGACGACCCUAAACCUGCUGCCGGGGGAACUACGUGUGCUGGAACCGCCACUCAAGAGAAAUAUUGCCGAAUGCGUGAUUGCUGUGAUAUCCCGUAUGUGGAUCUCGGCUGUUUCGUCGAUACAGGAAACCCAUCUACAAUGCCCGAGAUGCUGUUAACUGACACAGACCAACGCAGUCCUCUGUUCAGCGGUGUUUCAAUGAAACGCGGAAUUAAAGACUGGGAUGAUUAUAUGUCAAAUUUGAUAUGCCGUUGUGCUCAAAUAACAAACGAGAAAGGUUACACUCACUUUGGUAUUCAAAAUCUUGGCGAGUGUCGCUCGGGAGUGAACGUUGAUAGGUCGUACGCAAGUCAAGGAGCUCGAGUUGCGUACACACAUCAAGGUCCCAGGCCGUGGGUCGGGUGUAUGGGCAGGGGUAUGAAGCAAUGUAAACGACCUUCGCUUAGCUGUGUUGGACAAGAUCAAACAAACUACGUUUAUGGCUUAAAAAACAUCGCUCCUGUGAACGGCAACUACACUUCCUGGUCUCUAUGGUCGCCAUGCUCCAAGAGUUGUGAUCGUGGUCUGACGUCACGUCGUCGUAGUUGUACGAACCCUCCGCCACUUUACGAUGGAAAGGACUGCGAAGAUAUUGGACAAGAUGAAGAAAUGGAGGAGUGCUUCCUAAAACCUUGUGCAGUUAAUGGUGCGUGGAGUGGUUGGGCAAUAUGGAGCGAUUGUUCUGCCUCUUGUGGUACUGGAAGGAGAACACGUAUCCGAGGAUGUAACAGUCCAGCUCCUUCCAAUGGCGGAGAUCUGUGUAAUGGACCAGAUACUGAGAUUGCUGAAUGUUUCAAGAGAGACUGCCCAAGUGAUGGCAGAUGGUCAGACUGGCAGGCAUGGGAACCAUGUUCUGUGAGCUGUGGUUUUGGUGUUCAGUUGCGAACUCGAUACUGCAAUAAUCCAGCUCCUGUGAACGGCGGGAAGAUGUGUGAAGGAGAUUUAGUCGAAAGCUCACCUUGUGAGGCAAAACCAUGUCCUAUAAACGGGGGCUUUGCAGAUUGGUCUAACUGGUCGGUGUGUUCUCGGUCGUGCGGAAGAGGAUCAAAAUCGAGAGUUAGAAAAUGUAUCAACCCUCUUCCACGGUACGGUGGGCAGUCGUGCGAGAGACUGGGACCAGGAGAAGAAAAGAUUCAUUGCAAUGCCAACCCAUGUCCAGUCCAUGGCAACUGGGGAGCCUGGAACGGUUGGAGCAGAUGUUCCGCCGAGUGUGGGCCUGGUGUGAGGACACGUGACCGUAGAUGUAACAAUCCAUAUCCAAAUUACGGUGGAGCUUCGUGUGUUGGCAAAGGUCACGAGUCAACUGUAUGCAGUAUGCCAGACUGUGCCAUUGACGGCAACUGGGGAGCCUGGUCAGAAUGGUCGGAUUGUCAGAGUGAUUGUGGCGUGGCAACCAGACAUCGUACCCGUGCCUGCAUUGAUCCUCCACCCGCACAUGGCGGGCGGGGCUGCGAGGGUGAUGCUGAAGAAUAUAGUGAUUGCAAAUUGGGUCAUUGUCCAAUCGAUGGUAUGUAUUCAGACUGGAGCAUGUGGAGCGGUUGUGAUAGACCAUGUGGAUCUGGGCACAAGACACGCGCUCGAUCCUGUUCCAAUCCAGAGCCUCAAUUUGGUGGUAUGAAUUGCACUGGUCAGGGGUCUGAACUUGAGACUGUUGCAUGCAAUACUGAUCCCUGCAAAGUUGACGGUGGAUGGUCGGGUUGGACAAGUUGGUCGUCUUGUUCGCGUACCUGUGGACUGGGUCUUACCACUCGUUCCAGGAGUUGUUCUUAUCCCGUGGCUGAGUUUGGUGGAAAACCUUGCCCUGGCAAGUCUGAAGAGAAGAAACCUUGCAAAGACUUUGAUUGUUGUGAUGUUCCGUACAAGGAUGUUGGAUGCUUCAUCGAUACCCAACGCACACCUCGGCCGUUGCCAGAACUUCUGUUCAGUGAAAGGGAUAAAAUAUCCUGGAAGAAAUGGAAGAGCUUCAUGUCGGAUUUAAUUUGCAGAUGUGCCCAAGAGGCUCGCUAUAAGCAGUACACACAUUUCGGAGUGCAGCAUUACGGUGAAUGUUAUUCCGGUCCUCAAAGUUGGAAAACGUACAGAGACGAAGGUUUGAGACAAGACUUUACCAGACCACCCGACCCACAACCUUGGGUUGGCUGUGUCGACGAAUCCUUGAAUCAAUGCAAGCAACCAAAUCUGGAAUGCGUUGGAAAACAGAAUACGAACUUUGUUUAUACCAUUGAUCAAGUUAAACCAGUUAAUGGUAACUAUAGUGACUGGACUGCGUGGAGUCGAUGCUCUACCUCGUGUGGGCCUGGCUCAAGAUACCGAACACGAAGUUGCACAAACCCCGCUCCAUCAUUUGGCGGUCAACCAUGUUAUAACAUGGGAGGCGAUGAAGAAGUUGAGGCUUGCUUCCUAAAUGAUUGUCCAGUUGAUGGGGGUUGGAAUAACUGGGGCGAGUGGACUGAAUGCUCAGCCAAAUGUGGAACUGGCGAUAUCUCGAGAUCUCGGCAAUGUGAUAGUCCCGCGCCGCAAUAUGGCGGAAAGAAAUGUCCUGGAAAGGCGACUGAAAGUGUCCCCUGUAACUUCCACAAAUGUCCAGUUCGUGGUGGUUGGGCUGUUUGGUCGGCGUGGUCCAAAUGCUCCUCGUCUUGUGGAAAUGGUCAACAGACAAGGAAGCGAGAAUGCAACAGCCCUAAAGCAGAGUAUGGCGGAGAACCGUGCACUGGUACCUCUGUUGUCUUCCAGAAUUGUGUGGAGAAGGAAUGUCCAGGAAUUUGGGGUGAUUGGUCGGACUGGAGCGAGUGCUCAAGAACAUGUGGUUCGGGAGGAACUCAUUCGAGGACUAGGACCUGUCAAGGAGGACGGUUGUGUGAUGGACCAAGACAUGAGACAGAGCAAUGCAUGCUCCAAGAUUGUCCAGAGUGUUCCAAAUCUGCUGACAUUGCAUUCAUAAUGGAUAGUUCUGCGGCCACAGAUGAGUCAACGUGGAACCGAUUGAAAUCGUUCGCGCGCGGGGUUGCGAAUGCGUUCCUUUUGAAUGAUGAUGCGACGCGCGUGGGCUUGAUCACGUACUCUGCGCGCCCGACACUCGAAUUGAAGUUUGAUGAAAAGAAUGAUCGAGACGAGUUUUCAGAUUUCCUCAAUACGGUAACACCCACCCAUGGUACACCAAAUCUGGAAGAAGCUUUAAUGAUGGCAAAUGAUAAACUGUUUGUUCCUAGUGCUGGUAUGAGAGCAAAGGUGCCAAAUGUUGCAAUCAUCUUAGCCGAGGAAGGGCCGAUGAAUAGUUACAACGAUAGUUCCAUACCGCUGAAAGAAAGAGGAAUUACUUUGAUGAGUGUAGGAGUUGGAAACAGGGUGAAUCAGUACGAAUUACAAAGGAUUGCCACCAGUCCUGAUCAUGCAAUCUUAGUGAAUACACUGGACGACGCCAUUGCAUCUGUAUCAAACGUAGCAAAUGCAACAUGCUUGGCGAAACCAACGCCUCCUCCAGUGAAAUGGGGUCCAUGGAGUGAUUGGUCGUCUUGCUCUCGUCUUUGUGACGCUGGUGUCCGCCAUAGAUUAAGAUCUUGUAUGAAUGGAGACGAAUGUGUUGGAAAGAGCAGGGAGGAGUCUGGAUGCAUGCUUCAGAAGUGUCCUCAGUGCAAGUCGGUCCUUGACGUUGUCUUCGCCAUCCCAAUUUCCGAGAGUGUUCCGAAGACCGAACUCGACGAGGCGAAGAAGUUUGUCCGAGGAGUUAUCGAUGGCCUCAGCAUCUCACCACAGGGUACCCACGUCGGUCUUCUUGGCUACUUCGACUAUCCUAGAGUGGAAUUGAAAUUAGACACCUUUUAUGACAAGGAGGAUAUUUUACGCGCUCUUUCUUCAGUCCAGACAGUCGACGGCUUUAAUAAUACUCGUAUUGAUUCAGCGCUAAAAGCAGCUCAAUCUGACAUGUUUGCACCUGCUAAUGGUGUUCGCGCUUAUAUACCAAAGGUUCUUGUUUUCCUUGCCUCGGGUGAUUCUUCAGAUCAGAACCUUAAAGACGCUGCCAUGCCAUUGAAGAAUGUUGGCACUACAAUCAUACCGUUAGUCACUGGGGACCUGGAGACGAAAACCAUUGCACCGAUAGGAUCCAGUACCCUACACUACUUUGCAUCGGAUAACUUUGGUAAUCUUGCCUCGAAGCUGGAUGCUAUUUCUGCCAAAUUGUGUGGAGCAACACUGGCCACUGGUUCCUCCAUCAAUCGGUUUGGUGCAACCUCGCGUGUCCACGGCAUCUCACAAUUGCUUCUCAAGAGUGGUGAUAAAAAACCUGCAGUCUCGCCACCAGCAAAACCCCAGGUUUCACAGACCAAGACACCGACAGUUGUAAGACCACAGACCGUGGUCACGUCAAAUGCUCCGCCAAAAGUUGCUCCGCAAGGAAAUGCACAGAAACCCGAAGUUAAACCAGCAAUCCAACCUGUUGUAAAUCUGAAUGAGAAAUUAGCCCCAGGAGCUGGUUUAUGGAAGGAUUGGGGUGUGUGGAGCGCUUGCUCGAAAUCCUGUGGAACGGGCAAGAGUACUCGUGUUCGCUUGUGUGACAGCGCAAAAUGUAAUGGCCAGCGUCCAACUCAGGCAUUGCCAUGUAAACUGCAAGACUGUAUAGCGUGUAAUCACAAUCUUGACCUGGUUCUGGCUGUCGACUCAUCAGAUGCUGUACCUAAGAAGGGCUGGAAGAAGAUCAAAUCAUUCAUGACGGGCAUUCUCGACGCUUUCCGAAUCUCUGAGUCGGACACGCACGUUGGCAUCGUAACCUUCUCUUCAGUUCCUUAUCUCGAGACUCGAUUUUCCGAAAAGAGAAACGACAUCACAGAACUGGUGAAGAACAUGCAGCAAUUGCAAGGAAAACAACGCAGGGUCGAUAAAGUAUUGCGAAUGGCGAAUGCUGAGUUCUUUUCUCCUGAAUCAAGAGGCUUUAGGCCGGACAAAAGUAAAGCGUUUGUGGUUAUAACCGGAGGUAACCCGACCCAGGGUACGGAGAAUCUAAUCUCAGCUGUAAGACCGCUGACUCAGAAUGGGGUGUCUGUUGUCGCCGUUGGAAUAGGAUCUGAUGCUGAUGAGGGACAAUUAAGAUCAAUGGGUGGAAGAAAGGAGAAUUCACUUAAAGUUCCAAACUAUGAUGAUCUGCAAUCAUACGUUACCGCUGUAGUUAAAGAUAUUUGCGAAGCCGGACACAAGAAGCCACCGCCAUUACCCGCCCCUGCUCCAAAGAAAGCCGUCUCUAAGGUAGCACCACCACCACCGCAAGCAAGUAAUGCACCGAACAAGAAGCUCUCUUUGCCUGAGAAAAAAAUCGAAUCAUUGAUAAAUAAAUGGGGAACAUGGAGCAACUGGGCAGCGUGCACCAAGACGUGUGGCGAGGGGACUCGUGCGAGGUCUCGUGACUGCGCAGGCUAUAACUGCACUGGACCGUCACUAGACAAGGAAGCAUGCUUUGUACAAGAUUGUCCAGAUUGCCAAAAGAGGAUCGACCUUGUGUUUGCAAUGGAUGGCUCGGAUGAUGUCAUCGACAAGGAGUUUAUGCAAGAGAAGACAUUCGUCACCAAUGUCCUGAACGCCUUUAGUGUCUUGAAGGAUCAGACUCAUGUUGGUGUUGCUACCUAUGGAGCCGAUGUUUCUCAAGAUAUACCGCUGACCAACCAGUUUGAUAAGGACAGUUUGUUCGUGGCUGUCAACUCGCUGAUAAAAAACAAAGGCAAAGGAAAGUUGACAAAGGUUCUGGAGACUGCUCGAAGCAAGCUUUUUACUGGCUCCCGAGAUAAUGUUGCCAAGGUGUUAGUAUUGUUAACCUCCAUGAAGAACAAAAUGGCGGAGAAUCCAGAAAAGGCCGCGCAAGCUUUAAAGAAGUCUGGCAUUGAAGUUGUGGUUGUAGGCGCUGGCUCGAACGAUCGCAGUGCUCGUGAUGUUUUAGGCAAAGUUGCAAGCAGUAAUUCUCGUGCCUUCCCUCUGAUGUCAUUUAAUGAUCUGAUAAACGAUGUCUACCUAGUUGCUACUAGUGCGUGCCAAGCUAAACCGGUUCCAUUAACGGGUGAACCAACCCAAGAAAGCCCAGCAAAACCUUCAGUGUGUUCCAAGCCCUUGGACGUCGCAUUUGCUUUGGAUUCCUCCGAAGACGUCAGCAGUUUCCAAUGGCAACGGCAGAAAGACUUUGUUAGUCAGGUUAUUGAUGGACUACAAAUAGCUCCCGAUGGUGUACAUACAGGAAUUGUAGCCUACGGUGCAAUGCCCACAGUUGAUCUGAAGUUAAACGUAAGAAACAAGGACAAACAAGCGUUGCUUCAAAGUGUCGCCGGACUAAGAAGAGCCGUUGGUAAACGGAAUAUUGGCAGUUUACUAGACAUGUCAAAAUACAAGGUAUUUGGACCUGAUUCUGGCAGACGUUCUGACACGCCGUCAACUCUUGUUGUGCUUCAACUUGGAGCUGAUCGUCCAGGAGCUGAUACCGCGAGUGUGAAGCGAUCUUCAGAAGGUCUACAGAAGGAUGGAGUACGAGUUUAUGUCGUAGGUGUGGGAUCGAGUGUUUCAAGAAAUGAUUUGGUCGCAUUUGCAUCAUCAAACAAUGAUGUACUUCAUCUGCCAUCUUUGAGUGAUAAACGAUUGGCUGGAAGGCUUAUUGACACUUUGUGUGAAGGACCAAAGCAAACGCCUGAAUCCGAUCAACCAUCUUUGGGUCAGGCAGCUCCAAAAUCGCAGGGGAUUCGUCCAGGAACAUCGGACUUACAAAAUGUGUUGCUGACAUCUUCUCCAAGCAAGCCUGCUGUUCCAGCACAGAAUCCUUCAACACCUGAGAAAAAGAAGGAAAAAGAUUUCACUAAGGUCGUCGAUAUAGUAGCAGCAAGCUGUCGUGAGAUUAAGCGUCGUGUUCGUGGCGCUGAGGACGGUGAAUUCCCUAUCAUGUUUUCACCGCAUUGCGCUCCAGUUAAACUCUACUGUCAUGGUAUGGACACAGAAGAUCCGAAGGAGUAUCUCACGUUGCCUGCUGGCUCUGAUAAUAACUAUGCCUCGUUCCACAAGGAGAGACUUAAAAAUUUCCGAAACUGUGAUGGUUCCACUGAUCCAAGUCCUUCCCUAACUGCGAAGUAUUGGGGAAACACGAAAUUCAGCAAGAUUCGUAUAAAUCCGAAGAACGGUCUGGUGAAACAAGAUGAUUUCAGAUUCGCCAUUUCUGAAGGAAACCCGGUGAAGUUUGGCCGCGGUGGCGACUGUUUCUCAUUGGGCGAAUGUCGACGAGGUGGUUUCCAAAUGGAUCUCUCGGGCACUGGACUCGAGUUACGUGAUGACGUCAUGUGGAAAUCUUGGGGCGCACCAAAGGGUAGUAGGAUGAUAAACUUCACAAGAUCCCCUGAUCACACUAAAGUCUCCGCUAUUUGUGGAGGAUCCUGUGGUGGAUGCCAGCCCGCGAGAGGACGAAUUUAUCUUAUUCCAUCAUCUUGCAAUACUCCUUUGGGCAAGAAAUUUAAAAGGUCGAUCAUCGAAGCUACGGAGCUUCUAGAUGAACCGUUUGAACCGUUGCACAAGAAACGAGGGAAAGUCGCUAAGAAAAAAAUUAAACAUAAUAGCAAGGCUUUAAAAGACAUUUCUAAAAAACAUUUCUUGCUCGAAAAACACCGUCGAAACAGGAAACAUAGUAAGAAACAUUAGUUUCCCUGCUGUGUUCAUGAUUCUGUGAAAAUCCACAUAACGCUUUAAUUUUAUGAAAUUGGUAGGCACAUAUAUAUUUGCUCGUAUGGGCAAUUGCAUAAUGAUAUACUAAUCGUACGAGAUCUUCUUUUUAAAAUGGUAUGUGAUGAUCAGUAAAAUACAAGUUAUAUAUAACUGAGAUAUAUAAAUUUAGUGAUAAAAUGCAUUAUUAUACCAUACUUAGUUAUAUUUCAAAGUAUAUCAAAGUUAGUUAAACUAAAUAUUACAUACUGGAUAUUAUAGUUGUAAUAUUUUCGCUAAAAUUUUACUGAACCUGAUCGUGAAAAGGUUUUAAAUCUAA